AUGGCUCCCCACACUUCAAACGGCAAAGUCAACAAAGCCGAUCAGCAGAAGCUCAACGCCCGUCGCCAAACCAGAAAGCGAAUCGCCAUCAUCUCCUUAUCUUCUCUCGUCCUCGCCGCAGUCACAAUCGCCGCCAUUCUCGGAACUUCCCACCGCUCCGAUGACAAACCCUGUACAGACUGCUCAACCCAAACACACUCCCAGCUCCCCUCCUCCGUCAAAGCCAUGUGCUCUCUAACCCUCUACCCCAACUCCUGCUUCGCCACCCUCAACUCCACCGCCUCCGCCCUUGUCCAACCCCAAGAUCUCUUCAGGCUCUCCGUCCAGGCCGCCAUGGCCGAACUGUCAAGAGCUUCCAAUUCUAAGUUCUUCUCCCGGCAGCCCGCUGACAAACUGUCCGCCGCCACAACCGAAAACUGCCGCGCCUUGCUAGUUCUCGCCGUGGACCACCUAAACAGCUCGCUGGCCCCCGGCGAUCUCACCGUCGCCGAUACCGUGGACAAUCUGAGAACCUGGCUGAGCGCCGCCGGGACUUACCUGGAGACCUGCAUCGACGGAUUCGAGGAAUUAUUCCCCAGCGGCGCGCCGAGCCACGUUCGAGAAUUCUUAAAGAACUCGACGGAGUUAACCAGCAACUCGCUCGCCAUCGUCACCAGCAUUUCGGAGAUCGCAAGGUCAGUGAGGCUAAGGCGAAGGUUAAUGAAUUAUGCUGAAGUGGAGCCGGUGUCGGAGUGGGUGCGUGGGAGUGAUCGGAGGUUGGUGGAGAGUACUUGGAAGGUGAAGGCGGACGCGGUGGUGGCGAAGGACGGGACGGGGAAUUACAGGAGCAUAGGGAAGGCGCUGAAGGCGGCGCCGACGAAGGCGAAGGAGAGGUACGUGAUAUACGUGAAGAAGGGAGUGUAUUAUGAGAAUGUUAGGGUUGAGAAAUCGAAGUGGAAUGUCAUGAUGGUGGGGGAUGGGAUGAACGCCACCGUCGUCUCCGGCAGCCUCAACGUCGUGGACGGCACUCCCACAUUUUCCACUGCAACAUUUGCGGUGUUUGGAAAAGGCUUCCUCGCACGGGACAUGGGAUUCCAAAACACCGCCGGAGCAAAAAAGCACCAAGCGGUGGCCCUGCUGUCCGCCGGCGAUCAAUCGGUGUUCCACCGCUGCCGCGUCGACGCCUUCCAGGACUCUCUCUACGCCCAUUCCAACCGCCAGUUCUACCGCGACUGCCUCAUCCACGGCACCGUCGAUUUCAUCUUCGGCAACUCCGCCGUCGUCCUCCAAAACUGCUCCAUUAUCCCCAAACUACCCCUCCCCGGCCAGAAGAACACAAUCACCGCCCAGGGCAAGUUCGACCCCAACCAGAACACAGGAAUUUCCAUCCAAAACUCCACAAUUUACCCCUCCGUCGAUCUAACGCCGUCGACCCAGACCUACCUAGGGCGGCCGUGGAAGCCCUACUCCACUACCGUGUACAUGAGGACGACAAUGGGGAAAUUGAUUGACCCGAGCGGCUGGUUGCCUUGGACCGGAAAUUCGGCGCCGGACACCAUAUUUUACUCGGAAUAUCAGAAUUUGGGCGCCGGCGCCGACACCAAGCAGAGGGCGAAGUGGAAGGGGCUGAGGAGCAUUACGCGGAAGGAGGCGAAAAAAUUUACCGUAAAGUCCUUCAUCAAAGGGGACAAGUGGGUUUCGGCGGCAAACGUUACUUUCCAAUCGGGUCUUUAAUCGACGAAUCGGGUCUUUCUUUUACGGGUCAAGUUUUUUGGGUUAUCUACAUCAUUUUUUUUUUUUUUUAAAUGUUUGGUUCAUUGAAUUGAAUUAAAAUUUGGAAUACAUUGAAAAACAUAAUACUGUUGUGUUUUUUGGAACCAAA